GCGUUGAUACGACGGUGACGUUACUUAUAACGUGCGUUCAGUGUUAUUCGCUCGCGAGUGUCAAGAGGAUCGAGUAAUUUUCAUCGUGACAAGUGAUCUCGAGUGUCCUUCGACGUCCGCCAUUUUGGGUAAACGGAUUUUCUACCGGCGCUUGCCGAGCGAUUUUCAUUCCGAUAAACCGGCGUCGUGUAUCUCGUGUCAUUUACUCUCGCGAGUCCACAAGUGCGUGUCUGUCACAAUGUUCGGGAGUGCCGUAUAAAGUAACGGGCGAUCGUUAUUGACGGAUUGCUUGUCAGUGUUGUGUGCGUGAUUGCGAACAAUGACGAUCAUCUUGGAUAGCACGAAGGGCAAGCCAGCAGCAUUCAAGAGAAGCGGAUGAUACAUCGACCGAGUUUUAAAUCUCUCGAGCUCAUCGGAGGACGCGCCUGAGGGCCGUUACUUGGAGCCCUGAUUUUCCGCUUCAUCGAGACAUCGCCAACGCAAUCCGACCGGCCGUAUGCUAAUCGAGUGCACAGCAAGAGUGCCACCCUCCGAAGGACGAUAUACCAGUUGGCCGAGGGCUAGAGUCCCCGGAUGAUCCCUUCGACGUAAAGUGGCAUCGCGCGUAGGAGCAAGGGCGGAUUUUAUGAUAAAAAUUUUUAUUCCAAACAUUCCAGAUUUUUAUAAAUCGGGUUUUCUACAGAAAUCCAGUUUCACCGUGAAAUGGAGCGCUCGAAUAGAACGCGCAAAUAACGCGAUCACAGUUGAUUCUGCGGGCAACAGUCGUGAGAAGGGGUCCUCUAUCCACUUGGGCAUUUUCGACGAGACGCCGACACUCCGUUAGCCGACACUCGUGUGCAUCAUGUUCGGGACGAAAUUGCGCACGUGGAUGGAGGCACACAUCGUGCGAUCGAAGAAGAAGAAAGAUCGGAAGAAGGGCGACAAGGGAUUUGACUCGAAUUGCAACUCCCCCAGGAGCCACAGCGCCAACAGAUCUCCCGCUUUGCACCAGGUACAUCCGAUAGAUUCACCGACGAAGAACGUGGACGGUAUCCGGUUACACGGGGGCGGCUACGGGGCAACCGUGACCAGCUCGUCCGGCACUUCCGGCGGUACCGCCGGAAGCGUGAGUCUCUCCUCGCCGGAGAGCGCGUACUCCACCGGCUACUCGACUGACGGCACCUCGCCCGGCACUAGUUUCCCGCCCGAAUAUUACAUCAACAUCAGGACUGGCACCCACUAUUUUCAGAGCAACGGUAACGGUGGUGCGAACACAAGUACCAUCACCAUCCCUCCUACCAAUAACAAUAACAACAGUAGCAAAGCCAGGACGAAGAGGCCGCCGAGCGACGCCGGGAAUCUAUCACCAGGCACGUCAGGAAAUGGAAGAGUCGAAGACAGGGAGCAGUCAUCCGCGAACACGAAUAUAACCAAGGACAACGCUCAGCCGGAAGUACGAACGAGUAUGCCACAUAAACAGAACACGGAAACGAAUCAUAAUCAGAAGCAGCAACAGCAGACGCAGCAACCGAGACAACAGGAACAUUCGCAUCGCAGAACGGAGUCGUAUUCGGCCGAUUCGAGAAACAACCUGCCCGUACCAUCGUCGAUACCGCCGCCCUUGGUCUCGCCACCGGUGCAAUCGCCCCGCGAACGUUCCCGCAUCCGGACGAACCCGUGGUUGUCGGCGAACUCGUCUGGUUCCAGCACGAAUGGCCUGAAGUCGCGACACGCCCAGGACGAGAGCAGCAGCAGCAGCUCCGGCUUGAAGCUCACGGAGUCAUCCGGUAGCGCCAGCGAUGUCAACCUGAACAACAGCAGAGAGUCUCAAGGCAAGAGGGAGCAUCGUCAGGAGAGCCUCAGCGCGGGUCGAAGCCCGAUCAAUCAAAAUUGGAGGAUUACAUCGGGCAUGGAUCUUCGACCCAAGAUUCCUCUAUCUUUACAACGACGAGCCAGCAGCAGCAGCUCCUCAGCAUCCUCGGUGACGCGUAGCGCGCGCUCAUCCGAAGACGACAUCACGCUGAACGAGAUGAUGGGCAAAUUCGACGAGAGCUACGUAUAUGAGAAGGAAACUGAUAUUCUGUCGGACAGCGAUCCGACCGAUUGCGAAGAUUACAUCGACUCACUGUCGGACAUCGAUACCGGCCAGGAUGGCGGCGACGAGAACGAUCCGUUCGAGAACGACGAGCUCGAUUACAUCGACAACGGCUCUUUCCUCGACUUGGACAAUCUAGAAUACGGUGGUGCCGGUCAUUUUCCCAAUACCGGCCACUGUACCUACUUCGCUUUCACGAGCGAAUUGAACAGGCGCGGCACCAGACUCCGCGAAUCCAUUCUUAAGCGCAGAAACAAAGAUGAGGUCGGCUCUCAGAGAAACGCAAAUACGAGAGCCAGCGCGAAGAGACAGAGCGCGCGGCACAAGAAGACGGACGACAAGCAGAGCGAGAAACGUAAGAAAAGGAUAUCGCAGCGUCGUAAGCCUGCUCUGGACCGAUGCGAUGACGAGACAGCGAAUCUGAAUCGCGUGCUAGUAGAGAGAAUGCUACUGAAGAACUCGGGAUUCAAUCAGGGCAGCAGAAGCGUGGGCGGUACACCGAUGUGUCUGCGACGCAGGAAGCAUGACGUCAACAAGAAUCUCUCGCCGAUGAGACUGAACGACAAUUCGUCGGUCGUCCGACCUUCCGUGAUGGAGAAUGAGAUCGUGAAGAGGCGAUCGAAUUCGGUGAGCUACGUAAAUGGCAAUAUAGUACGGCGUCACGUAGCUGGCAAUACAUACAUGACUACAUUCGCAUCGGAGAUCGCACUGAUCGAGGCGGAUAAAGAGGCCGAUCGCAAGUAUCGUGAACUCAUCUUAGAAGCAGAAAACAUUCUUGUGAGCAUGCAGAAGCACCAGAACCCGUCAUUGUGCAUCCCAUCGCCGUCGCGCAAAUUGCACAAUGGUCUUGCGAACAAGCGCGUCGAGCUUAUCAAGAAUACGGAGCUGAACAUUGAGUUGGCGCUAUCCAAGAGCCGCAAUUCUCAGCCAGAACUGCAAAGCGGUAGCAUUCGGGAUCUGGAGCACACUAGUCCAAAGCGACAAUUCACUCAACCGUGCUCACCGAUCCACCGAUUCAUGGAGAGAAACUCACCGGCUGGAACUUUCAUACCGAAAGAGCCUUCUUCACCCGCCUUCCGACAACAUGAUUUGUCCAAGUGUCCAGAUUCGCCGAUAAUGCUGCGUAGGACGACGCCUCAGAGUUCGCCCAGUAGAAGUCUGAUGCAUCACCAGAUACAUCGGGCGCGUAAUGGCAAUGAUUCAGAAUCCAGGGAGUUCAAUAGAUCGCCUCGGAUUGCUUUGAAGUACAACGGUGGACCAAGGCUGGAAGCGAUGGACACGAACUCCCAUGGGGAUAAAACGCACGCGAAUUCGAUGAGUUCCUCUCUCGUCGGAGAUAGAAAGGAGUUUUGCGCUACGAGAGAAUCGACGAAGGAGGAGGGCGUAAUAUCCAGCUCAUCGGAUUCCGAGGAGAAGUGUGAUGUGAGACGAAGGGCUCCAUUAAUGACAUUUAGGUCAAUCGAUAUGGGCCCCAUUAAGGAAAGUUCUUCCUAUUGUCCACAAAGCGAACCGGUGAAAAGAAAGGUGUACGCCGGAAGCGCAACAUAUGGCAGAAUACAAAAGACAUUGGGCGAGCAUAUUAUGCUGAGAAACUCUGACGGCGAUACAGCCACCGAUGAUACUGAUGAUUCGAGAAGAUCUCUGAAGGAGAAAAUGGCUCAAUUGCGACAAGAACGACUAGCGGCCGAAGCAAACGCAAACAACGUCCAAGAUUCACAAUUUUUCCAGCAUCAGCUAUCUCAGCUACGACGGCAGAUGCUGAUGCAGACGAUAGAGGGUUUAAAACGCAGUCUCGAGGAUCAAUCAGCCACCCUGAAGCAAACUUGUCUAGAACCGACGAGCCUGUUGACCGAUGAAUUGCCUUGAAACGGUCGGCUCGUUUCCGGUUAUGCUGUGCGAAUUAGGAAUUUAGGACAUUUGGCUCUACUCCUCGAGGAAAAGAAGGAAAGACACCGAACAGGAUCGAAGUUAUGAGUCCUGUCUUUGGCGAAUCCCCGAUUGGUCGAGCUGCCGCGCGCGCGAGAAGUAUUGAUCAAGCAGUAUUGCAGCAUUUUCUCCUCAUGCGCGCUGAAUACCGAAUUAUUAUAAUAGCGCGAUCUUCCUCGGGGUCGAUGAUACCGUGGUCGGCUAAGUGCGGGUGCGCACAUUAAAUCUCUAUUUUUCUGUCCGUCUACAUGAUGUGUAUGUAUGUGUAUGAGAGAGAGAGAGAGAGAGAGAGAGAAAGUCAAAAUUGAGAGAGUGUCAUGUAUCCUCGUUGGGCAUUGUUCCACUUUUUUCUUUGUUUCACGCAAUUAAUAAUAAUAAUUAAUGUUUCUCACGAACUUUCCUUUCAUCUUUUAAUUUGCAACUUCGCGCAGAUAGGCCGACUUUCGGUUGUUGCUUUAGAUUAGCUUUCGCUAGCUCGACUCUCAUCGUUCGAUCUAUCGUCGUAGUGUGCUCUCUCUAAAAUUUUCUAAAAUGAUGGGAAAUUCUCAUGAAUCGUCGAAAUUCAUCCUGAAACGCUAAUGUGGAAUUAUUAAUAAUUAAUAUAUUA